AUGGCGCCGACACUGCCGGUAUUUGCCUGGGUGGUGACCGGGGACUUCAAUAUAUCCACUGACGUCGGGCACACUGUCCUGGAGCUGGCGGAGGUCAUCUGGAGAAAGAUUUUGGGCCCUGACGUGCGCUUCAAGCACGUGUCCGACGACCCGUUCGAGUACGACGUGCAGAACCGCGUGCCGUGCGUAGCGAAGGCGAAGGAAGUGCUCGGCCUGGAGUGCACCACUUCGCUCGAGGAGGCGCUCGACGAGGUUGUCCCGUGGGUCAAGGAGCAGGUGAGCAGGGGCACCAUCUGAGGAGGCCCAGGCUCGGCCGCGCGCGCUGCCCGGGCGGGGGGCCCCCCGCGGGCGCCCGACGGGCCCCUUCCCGGUCGCGUUCCGCCGUCGUUCCCGACGCUCUGCCCAUUCCGCCGUCCUCGCUCCUCCUCCCCCUGCUUCUGCAUGAUAAUUCAGCUGGGGCGACGGAUGUCACACAGCUUCGGCAGGCCCAUCGUACCUGCGCGGCGCCGAGUUAGAGAGCGAGG